UAAGGAGCCUAGUCAGUUGAGGAUUGGUCCCUGCUGUCGCGCCAGAGCUGUUACAGGGUGCCGGGGCAUCUCAGUGGACCAUGGAGACACCCAUUUGUCUGGUGCGAAACUGGAAAGAAGAGCUGACGGUAAACCCGGAGGCUAUAAGCAUUCUUGAGAAGAUAUCUCAGCCUCUGGUGGUGGUGGCCAUUGUUGGCUUAUACCGGACAGGGAAGUCCUACCUCAUGAACCGUCUUGCAGGACAGAACCAUGGCUUUUCCUUGGGUUCCACAGUGCAGUCUGAAACCAAGGGAAUCUGGAUGUGGUGUGUGCCUCACCCCACCAAGCCAACCCAUACCCUGGUCCUUCUGGACACAGAGGGUCUUGGUGAUAUAGAAAAGGGUGACCCUAAGAAUGACUCAUGGAUCUUUGCUUUGGCUGUGCUUUUAAGCAGCACCUUUGUCUACAACAGCAUGAACACCAUCAACCACCAGGCCCUGGAGCAGCUGCAUUAUGUGACUGAAUUAACACAACUAAUCCGGGCAAAGGCCAGCCCCAGAGAGGAUGAAGUAAAGGACUCUAGUGAGUUUGUGAGCUUCUUUCCGGACUUUGUCUGGACUGUUCGGGAUUUCACUCUGGAGCUGAAGUUAGAUGGACGCGUUAUCACAGCAGAUGAGUACCUGGAGAAUGCCCUGAAGCUGAUUCCAGGAAACAAUCCCAAAGUCCAAAAGUCCAACACCACUAGAGAAUGUAUCAGAUAUUUCUUUCCAGUACGGAGGUGCUUUGUCUUUGACCGGCCUACAAGAGACAAAAGUUUACUAUCUCAAAUUGAAAAAGUUCCAGAAAAUGAACUGGAAUGGAAUUUCCAGGUAGAAUCAAAAAAGUUCUGUUCCUACAUCUUCACCAAUGCAAAGAUCAAGACGCUGAGAGGGGGGAUUACUGUCACAGGAAACCGACUGGGGACUCUGGUGAAGACCUACUUGGAUGCCAUCAAGAGUGGGACUGUGCCUUGCUUGGAGAAUGCAGUGAUGACCCUGGCUCAGCGUGAGAACUCGGCAGCUGUGCAGAAGGCAGCUGAUCAUUACAGUGAGCAGAUGGCCCAGCAACUGAGGCUCCCAACAGACACUCUCCAAGAGCUUCUGGAUGUACAUGUAGACUGUGAGAAGGAAGCCAUUGCUGUUUUCAUGGAUCACUCCUUCAAGGACGAUGAGCAAGAGUUCCAGAGGAGACUGGUGGCUGUCAUAGAAGAAAGGAAGGAAGCUUUCAUGCAACAGAAUGAAACAGCAUCUGUCAGUCACUGCCAGGCUGAGCUGGACAAGCUUGCAGAGUCCCUGAGGAUGAGUGUCUCAAGUGGAGCUUUCUCUGUUCCUGGCGGACACAGUCUCUACAUAGAGGCCAGGAAGAAGGUGGAGCAGAACUAUGAGCGAGUGCCCCGGAAGGGAGUAAAGGCAAAUGAGGUUCUCAAGAGCUUCCUACAGUCACAGGGUACUGUAGAGAAUUCCAUCCUGAAGUCAGACAAAGCCCUUACAGAUGGACAGAAGGCCAUAGCAGCUGAGAGGACAAAGAAGGAGGUGGCUGAGAAGGAACGAGAGCUGCUGAGACAGAAACAGGAGGAGCAAGAGCAAGUGAUGGAAGCUCAAGAGAGAAGCUUCCGAGAAAACAUUGCUAAACUUCAAGAGAAGAUGGAGAAGGAAAGGGAGACUCUUCUGGGUGAGCAGGAGAAGAUGUUGGAGCACAAGUUGAAGAUCCAAGAAGAACUUCUUGUUGAAGGAUUUAAAAAGAAGUCUGAAAUGUUAAUGAAUGAAAUAAGUCAUCUGAGAGAAGAGAUUGAGAGAACUAAAAACAAACCCUCACUGUUUGCACAAAUUUUUGACACAGUUGGCAAUGCGUUCCUUAUUGUUUUACCAGGAGCUGGUAAAUUAUUGGGUGUAGGGAUGAAGGUUCUCAGCUCAUUUAUGAGAUAGCCUGGGAGUUCCUGGGAAGGGAUUGAUAAAGCUAUGAUUCUAUUAUUUUGAUACCACAACUAUAUGCCUUGUUUUAAAACUGCAUGCGCUACUUUAAUAAGCAGUGCUAUAUAUGAGGUCUGAACUCCCACUAUUGCUAAAUAAUCAAAGAGACACCACCUUAUUUGAGUUGAGAGUCAGUAUCAUUUCAUUAGCAGUUACAAUCAAGAUUAAAAAUACAAAUCAUUGGCUCAAAAAUACAAGAAAUGACAUUCAUAAAUCCAAUCAAAUUUCAUUGACAUAAUCUAUAUAGUAAAGUGGAAAACCAGUCAGAAUAUAGUGAAAUUAUUUCUAGAAAGGAUGUAAGUAAAAAAGAAAAAUGGUCCAAUGGAAAAGUGUGGCAAUUGUACCCCAGUUAUACAAAUAAUUCAUUGUGAAGAACUCCUGUAAAAAUUAACAAGUAGAUAAAUUUUAGGACAAAGUAUGAGA